AUGCGCCAGGACAAACGUGGAACCGCUCUGGAAAAGUUUCGUUCCGGCGAUGCGGGCAUCCUUGUCGCCACUGAUUUGGCGUCCAGAGGCCUGGACAUUCCGGAUGUCGAUCUGAUCGUAAACUACGAUGUUCCUACUCGACCCAGUUGGAGUGAAUCGGCCAAAACCUAUGUCCACCGCGUGGGCAGGACUGCCCGUGCUGGUCGGCCGGGACGUGCAAUCACCCUCGUCACUCCCUACUCCGCCACGCAUCUCAAGAUAAUAGAGUCUGCACUGGGUUCACGCAUUCCCCAACUACCCUGGUCUGAUCCAACACAGAGUAAUCCUGGCCUUUCAGUCACCCUCAACAAGGCCCUUCUUCAU